CCAGAAACAUCCACGCCAGAGCUAACUUCCUCCGGACAGACUUCAACUUCGACAAGUGAAUCCAUGACAUCUUCUCCUCUGACCACCCUGACAAGUUCAACACAAGCAUCGACCACCGUAGCUACAGAAGCUUCACAGACGCCUUCCCCGGACACAGAUUUGACAACUCCAUCACCAUCCCAAAUGCCAUCCACAUCGACAGUUGAACCUUCAGUGUCCCUGUCAUCCACAAUUAUUCCCACAAGUGAAGCAACAACGAUCCAAGAAUCAACAACUGCUACUAGUGUCUCUCAAACAACUUCAACUGAACCUAACUCCUCAACACAGACAACCGCAUUCUCCACGACAAGUUCAUCUGAGACUUCUUUGCCCUCUUCAUCAACUGUCAGCUCUACACAGAUCUCAACACAGCAAUCUACUGAAACUUUGUCAACCGCAAGUGAGGCAACCACGGAAGAGGAAACAUCAAUUCACACUUCGAGCACACCAGAAACAUCCACGCCAGAGCUUACUUCCUCCGGACAGACUUCAACUUCGACAAGUGAAUCCAUGACAUCUUCUCCUCUGACCACCCUGACAAGUUCAACACAAGCAUCGACCACCGUAGCUACAGAAGCUUCACAGACGCCUUCCCCGGACACAGAUUUGACAACUCCAUCAACAUCCCAAAUGCCAUCCACAUCGACAGUUGAACCUUCAGUGUCCCUGUCAUCCACAAUUAUUCCCACAAGUGAAGCAACAACGAUCCAAGAAUCAACAACUGCUACUAGUGUCUCUCAAACAACUUCAACUGAACCUAACUCCUCAACACAGACAACCGCAUUCUCCACGACAAGUUCAUCUGAGACUUCUUUGCCCUCUUCAUCAACUGUCAGCUCUACACAGAUCUCAACACAGCAAUCUACUGAAACUUUGUCAACCGCAAGUGAGGCAACCACGGAAGACGAAACAUCAAUUCACACUUCGAGCACACCAGAAACAUCCACGCCAGAGCUUACUUCCUCCGGACAGACUUCAACUUCGACAAGUGAAUCCAUGACAUCUUCUCCUCUGACCACCCUGACAAGUUCAACACAAGCAUCGACCACCGUAGCUACAGAAGCUUCACAGACGCCUUCCCCGGACACAGAUUUGACAACUCCAUCAACAUCCCAAAUGCCAUCCACAUCGACAGUUGAACCUUCAGUGUCCCUGUCAUCCACAAUUAUUCCCACAAGUGAAGCAACAACGAUCCAAGAAUCAACAACUGCUACUAGUGUCUCUCAAACAACUUCAACUGAACCUAACUCCUCAACACAGACAACCGCAUUCUCCACGACAAGUUCAUCUGAGACUUCUUUGCCCUCUUCAUCAACUGUCAGCUCUACACAGCUCUCAACACAGCAAUCUACUGAAACUUUGUCAACCGCAAGUGAGGCAACCACGGAAGAGGAAACAUCAAUUCACACUUCGAGCACACCAGAAACAUCCACGCCAGAGCUUACUUCCUCCGGACAGACUUCAACUUCGACAAGUGAAUCCAUGACAGCUUCUCCUCUGACCACCCUGACAAGUUCAACACAAGCAUCGACCACCGUAGCUACAGAAGCUUCACAGACGCCUUCCCCGGACACAGAUUUGACAACUCCAUCAACAUCCCAAAUGCCAUUCACAUCGACAGUUGAACCUUCAGUGUCCCUGUCAUCCACAAUUAUUCCCACAAGUGAAGCAACAACGAUCCAAGAAUCAACAACUGCUACUAGUGUCUCUCAAACAACUUCAACUGAACCUAACUCCUCAACACAGACAACCGCAUUCUCCACGACAAGUUCAUCUGAGACUUCUUUGCCCUCUUCAUCAACUGUCAGCUCUACACAGAUCUCAACACAGCAAUCUACUGAAACUUUGUCAACCGCAAGUGAGGCAACCACGGAAGACGAAACAUCAAUUCACACUUCGAGCACACCAGAAACAUCCACGCCAGAGCUUACUUCCUCCAGACAGACUUCAACUUCGACAAGUGAAUCCAUGACAUCUUCUCCUCUGACCACCCUGACAAGUUCAACACAAGCAUCGACCACCGUAGCAACAGAAGCUUCACAGACGCCUUCCCCGGACACAGAUUUGACAACUCCAUCAACAUCCCAAAUGCCAUCCACAUCGACAGUUGAACCUUCAGUGUCCCUGUCAUCCACAAUUAUUCCCACAAGUGAAGCAACAACGAUCCAAGAAUCAACAACUGCUACUAGUGUCUCUCAAACAACUUCAACUGAACCUAACUCCUCAACACAGACAACCGCAUUCUCCACGACAAGUUCAUCUGAGACUUCUUUGCCCUCUUCAUCAACUGUCAGCUCUACACAGAUCUCAACACAGCAAUCUACUGAAACUUUGUCAACCGCAAGUGAGGCAACCACGGAAGAGGAAACAUCAAUUCACACUUCGAGCACACCAGAAACAUCCACGCCAGAGCUUACUUCCUCCGGACAGACUUCAACUUCGACAAGUGAAUCCAUGACAUCUUCUCCUCUGACCACCCUGACAAGUUCAACACAAGCAUCGACCACCGUAGCUACAGAAGCUUCACAGACGCCUUCCCCGGACACAGAUUUGACAACUCCAUCAACAUCCCAAAUGCCAUCCACAUCGACAGUUUUCUUCACAACAACUUCAUCUGAGACUUCUUUGCCUUCGUCAUCAUCUGUCAGCUCUCCACACAUCUCAACACAGCAAUCUACUGAAACUUUGUCAACCACUUUACAAAGUGUUUCCACAGAAACAGUUUUCACCACAAGACCAACGCUAACAUCUCAGUCAACAACAGCAUCUUGUCAAGAUUUUGUUUAUGGUGUUGACUGUUCAUAUGGACAAAAUAACACUGUUCCCACUAUUGAUACUGGAGCACUUCCCUCUCGUAAAGCAACUUUUAUUCUGAAAAUACUUGUUGAUUUUUCACCUGCUUUUAAUGAUUUAACCUCAGCUGCAUCAUUGGAAUUCAUCAGCACAUUGGAACUGGUGCUCACAUCCUUAUGCCGAGGGGCAGACUCACAGACCUUUAAACUGGUCAAAGUCAAAAGUUUAAAAGAAGGAUCUGUUGUUGCACAGAGUGAGGCAGAGUACAUCUAUCCAAAUAAUGAAACUCAAAUCGAGUUUGUCAACACUCAGCUCGAUGCGGAGUUGACCAGUAUACUGAAUAGUACGGACAGCCGGGAUCAGAUUUCUCAAGCCUUCAACAACAGCAAAGUGACAUUAAACGAAGUCGCCUUCUUGCCACCUGAAGUUUACAACAUAACAGACCUGAUGCCUUAUGUUAACUGCUCUCACUUUGCUCAAUACACUGCUGAGGUCAUUGAUGGUCAAUGGCAGUGUGUUGGACCUUGCAAAACAAACCCUGAUUACUGUAAUCGACAUGGAGAAUGCCUCAAUGACAUUCAAAAAGGCCCUGUUUGUAGGUGCUUUGAGUCGAGCCUAGAACAAUUUUAUGGCCCACAGUGUGAACACUUCCGUCGGGGGCCAGGUUUCUAUGGAGCCCUGUUUGGGUCACUGGCAGCAGCACUUGUGGCCUUAAUCAUUGUUAUCAUAGCUGUCUAUGUCACAAAGAAAUACACUGGAGUUUGGAAAAGGAGAGACUCCUACAAUGGAAAACUGUCAGAGUUUGAGGAGGAUUUCUUUGAUUUCUCUGAUACAGGUCACUACAAAACGUCCAGAGGUUUUAAACAUCAACCCUAAAUGAAGGCUUUUAGAUAAGUUUAAAUGAUUAAAAACCCAUUUGUAUUUCAUGGCUAUUUAAUCCUAAGGGGGUAAAAACAAAGUGGCCGCCCUUAUUGAGCUUUUUAAGACUUAGUGGUCAGUCCAAGUCACAUGACAGAUCACGUGCAACAGAAAAAUAUUUCAAGCAAUCACAUUAAUUAAUGUAUUACACGUAUUUGUUAAAUUUAUUUUUACUAUAAUGUUUCAAUGGUAGUAAUAAAAAAAAUAUGAGUAGCCAACUGUACAUAACAGAAGAAAUAAUAUAUUGCUAUUUUUUUUGUCAUUUUAAAUCACUGUUGAUUUUUGUGUCCUAUAAAUUUAAGCAUCUAAA